AGCUGAUACAAGCAACCUCCCCGUUGACAGUCUACCCAAGUCACUACAUUAUACUUCUGCGAUUGCUGUCUUUUUAGCUUCCUUGCUUCCUCCUCCUCACCUCCUCCUCUUCUCUUCCUCACUCGCUCACUCACUCGCUUGCUCUAGUCUUGCAAAGAUGCUCUCGCGCCUGCUCCUCGUUUCCGCACUGGCAACCGCCAGUGCAUACGCUCAAAGCUACACGGCCACCUAUGUCCCCUCUGCCUCUGGAUUGCCCAAGACCACCGAACAAGGACAAUCGGGAACUAACAAGUGUGGAACUGACAGCAGCCAGGACUCAACGUGCCAAAAUGCCUAUCUCAACUCGGUCACAGACUUCUGUCUUUGGGCUCCUCCUACUGAAGGAUCAGUCGCGGACUUUGAAGCGACUGUAGUAUCCUACUGCACAAAGUCUGGACGAGGUACCAGGGUCAUUCCCGACGGUACCAUCCACGGCGCUCAAUUCGUGUAUGCGCCCUCGUACGUUCAGGUGUCUGGGUACGGAGACUUCACAAGUAUGAACGUCGUAGCUAAUGAUGCAGGUGGAGAGCUGGACCCGCAUGGUGCCACCGGAGUAGGUAACCCAGUGGGCGGUCUCGUCUUCCACUGCAACAACGGUUCCUGCCAACAGAUGCACGAGUGGAUGUCCUUCAUGAGCGCUACCCAAUACUGUUUCCGAGCUUGCUACGACGGAGACAGGGCCACUUCUCUGUGCCGACACACAUACGACGUCCUGGGCUGCGACUGGAACAUGCCCGCCGACUACCCCACUUCCUACUUCGAGACCUGUGACAGUGACGAUGCAGAGGACGUUGCCUACCACCACGGAACCUACUUUGCACAGGACAUGACCCUGACCGGAGCCACAGUUCCCAACCCCCAUCCGGCUCCCGCGACCAGCUCCUGCUCCCGAACCGACGGUUCUGCGCUCUACGGCGCUACUGACUUUGCCACGGGCGUCGUCAGGAGUGGCAUGCAGUCACCUUCCAGCUCCACAACCAUGUCCUCGAGCACUUCAUCGAUGUCGUCAUCGAGCUCCGUCUCCACCAUGACUUCCUCGACUACCCCAGCAGUGGCUGUCGCCAGCAGCAUGGCUUCGAGCAUGCGUACUACCACUACCCCCUCUGCUGCAGCACAGGCGGCCUCUGCCAACACGAGCGGCGCCGCUUCUGUGCUCAUGCACGGAGCUCCCGUCUUGGCAUCUCUCGUUGUCGUCGUCUUUGCUGCCAUCUUCGUCUUGUAAGCCUCGAGCUCCUCCUCCCCCCCUAUCCCACUGUGGCCGCGCUCUCUGUGAGACCUGCAGCUCCACUCUCCCCCCCCUUUUGCAUUGGACCAUACCUUUGGACACUUCCUAUUUCGAUUCUGUACUUCUUUGCAGCUUCCCGUUUACCCCUUUUGUUGUUUCUCUGCUCCACUUUCUGCGGAAUGCAUAUACCAUCCAAUUAG